AGCAAAGAUGGCGACUUACUGAACCGCUCCAUGCUUUAUUGUUGUAAAAUAUUUUAUCGUUAUUCCACCCGAUAAACUUUCUCGGUGAUUGCAAAAAUGUCAAGGUUAAUUGUUAAGAAUCUUCCAAACGGGAUGAAGGAAGAUCGCUUCCGUAAGAUGUUUGCUGAUUUUGGGACGCUCACUGAUUGUGUACUGAAGUUCAGCAAAGAUGGUAAAUUCCGCAAAUUUGGAUUUGUUGGUUUCAAGAGUGAAGAGGAUGGCGAAAAAGCUCUGAAACAUUUCAAUAAGAGCUUUGUGGACACCUCCAGAGUUACUGUGGAAUUCUGCACAGACUUUGGAGACCCCAACAAAGCCAGACCUUGGAGCAAACACACACAGCAACCAUCCUCAAACAAAGCAAAAGAAGAACAGAAAUCACAUGAACAGGGAGAAAAAGAUGAAAAGAAUGAGAAGAAACAGAAGCAGCCACUGAAUGUUCUUGGAGAUCUUGAGAAAGACCAAGGCUUCCAGGAGUUCCUCGCUGUGCAUCAGAAACGCACACAGGUGCCCACCUGGGCCAAUGACUCUGUUGAAGCUGCUUCUGUUGGACCUGAAAAAAGGAAGAAGGAGAAGAAACAGAAAGCGGACAUUACUGAUGACUACCUAAACUUUGAUUCAGAUGAGUCAGAGGAACUGAGUGACGCUGAGGAUGAAGAGGAGGAUGCUGAUGAAGAGGAGAAACAAGAUGCCUCAAAGGAAGCCCUGAAAAGAGGUCUGUCUGACAUGGACUAUCUUCGAUCUAAAAUCGUGGAGAAAUCAGAUAUGGUGGAUGAGGAUAAAGAGGAAGAAAGUGAAAGUGAAAGUGAUGGUGACAAUGCUGCUGAUGACAAUGAGGAGAAGGAAGAGGAAGAGGAGGAAGAGGAGGAAGAAGAGACCCCAGCCCAGCACACAGACAGUGCGUAUGAGAGUGGUGACAAGGCAAGCAAUCAGAAAAGCACAGAAUCAGCACCGUCCCAGAACAAGAUUAAGCCUUGCACAGAGUUUACAGUUAAACUACGAGGCGUUCCAUUCAAAGUUCAAGAGAAACAAGUCCGAGAAUUUAUGACGCCUUUGAAACCAGUUGCAAUUCGAUUUGGUAAAAGCAGUGACGGUCGCAAUUCAGGUUACGUGUAUGUGGACCUGCGCUCAGAGGCAGAGGUCGAUAGAGCCCUACGACUAAACAACGACUACAUGGGGGGGCGGUAUAUUGAAGUGUUCAGAACUAACAUCUUAAAAAAAGAGAGCUCUUCACAAGGAAGAAAUAAGGAAAAAAGUUUUGUCAGUGAGUUGAGGGAUGAUGAGGAAGAAGAGGAUGUGGCAGAAUCGGGAAGACUCUUCGUCAGGAACCUGCCAUACACAUGCACUGAAGAAGAUCUGAAAGAACUCUUCCUCGCACAUGGUCCUCUUUCUGAGGUCAAUUUUCCCAUAGACAGUCUGACUAAGAAACCAAAGGGCUUUGCCUUUCUGACAUACAUGAUACCAGAGAAUGCCGUUUCAGCUUUGGCUCAACUGGAUGGCCAUGUGUUCCAGGGGCGGAUACUGCACAUCAUGGCCUCAAGACUAAGGAAGGAGAAACCCGAUGAAGGGCCUAAUGCUCCUGGCAGCUCCUCGUAUAAGCGACAGAAAGAUGCCAAAGACAAAGCAGCCAGCACCAGCUCUCACAACUGGAAUACGCUGUUUUUGGGCACGAGUGCCGUGGCCGAUGCCAUCGCUCAAAAAUACAACACUACCAAGAGCCAAGUCUUAGAUCAUGAGUCUGCGGGCAGUCUGGCUGUGCGGAUGGCCCUUGGGGAGACGCAGAUAGUACAGGAAACCAGACAGUUUCUCCUGGACAACGGAGUGUCUCUGGACUCAUUCAGUCAGGCGGCAGGCCAGCGCAGUAACUCUGUGAUAUUAGUGAAGAACUUGCCCUCAGGAGUGCAGGUCGAGGAGCUGGAGGCUCUGUUCUCACCUCAUGGAUCUCUGGGAAGAGUUCUACUUCCCCCUGGCCUCACUGCUAUAGUGGAGUUCCUAGAGCCCACAGAAGCCAAACGGGCUUUCAUGAAACUGGCAUACACAAAGUUCCUGCAUGUUCCCUUGUAUCUGGAGUGGGCUCCUGUAGCUGUGUUUACAACACCCAGGACAACUAAAGCAGAGUCUGAGAAGGACAAAUCAGCUGAGAAAAUGGAUGCAGUGAAAAAGGUAGAGGAGGAGGAGGAGGAGGAAGAUGAUGAUGAAGAGGAGGAGGAUGAGAUUUUGCCUGGCUCGACCCUCUUCAUUAAGAACCUCAACUUUAAAACCUCAGAGGAAACAUUACGAGAGACGUUUUCUAAAUGUGGUGUGGUGAAAGCCUGCACAAUAUCAAAGAAGAGAGAUAAAACAGGUAAAUUGUUAUCAAUGGGUUAUGGCUUUGUGCAGUAUAAAACUCCAGAGGCAGCACAGAAAGCCAUGAAACAGCUGCAGCAUUGCACAGUUGAUGAGCACCAGCUUGAGUUGAAAAUAUCCGAAAGAGAAGCCAAGUCAGGUAUGACUCAAGCCAAGAAGAAAAAGCAGACCGCCAGGAAACAGACGACGUCUAAGAUCCUGGUGCGAAACGUACCCUUCCAAGCUACAGUGAAAGAACUGAGAGAACUCUUCUGUACAUUUGGAGAGCUGAAGACUGUUCGCCUGCCAAAGAAAGGGAUUGGUGGAGCCCACCGUGGUUUUGGCUUCAUUGACUUCCUCACUAAACAGGAUGCCAAAAAAGCCUUCAAAGCGCUGUGCCACAGUACCCAUCUUUACGGCAGGAGGCUGGUGCUGGAGUGGGCAGACGCAGAGGAGACUGUAGAUGAUCUGCGACGGAAAACUGCUCAACACUUCCAUGACGCUCCUAAGAAGCGGAGAAGGGCGGCGGUGUUAGAGGGAAUCUUGGAGCAGAUGGAGGUCGGGGAGGAAGAUGGCAAAUGAACAGCAGCUGUCAGUCACCUACAGCAUCAAUAAGAGAGUAAAUCAUCCAGUAGAACUCCAUUUAUCUCUGUUAUGACUGCGUCUUAAGCAGCUGCUUUGCAGUCUCUUCAGGAAUCUUUCCUUUUGGCCCCAGAUGCUCCCAAUUAGCUUUUUAUUAGAUGCUCAUACAUCAUCCCUGUUAUUGCUGUCAGUGAAUUAAAAACAGCUUCUCCCUACAGACUAACUCCGGUUGAAGGUGAACUCAACGACUGAAUCCUCUGAAAAUAUGCCUGAAGGCCACGUUACCUUUAGCUGUUUUUAAAUAGUCACAGAGGGCCAAGACAUUUCAUACUCUGCUGUGUCACAGCUGACUUUGAAAAAUCACAAUGGUGAUUGAUGCAAUAAAAAUAAAUGGAAAGUAAAUAUUUGAUGUUGCUUUUAACAUCAUUUAUCAGCAUCAAGUAUGUUUAUUGUCUUCAUGAUUAAAGGGAAAGUUCAAACAACAUGACAAUUUUGUCAUCAUUUACUCACUUUCAUGUUUCAAACCCGUAUGAUUUUAUAGGUUAGGCAGAAUGUUAGUCUCAGUCACCAUUCACUUUCAUUACAUCUUUUUUUCUGUACAAUGAAAUUGAUUGGUGACUGAGGCUGUCAUUCUGCCUAACAUCUCCUUUGUGCUCCAUGGAAGAAAGUACAUCCUACAGGCUUGGAACAACAUAAGGGUGAGAAAAUGACAGUAUUAAUUUCGGAUAAACUAUCCCUUUGCAUAAUAAUUGUACACCUAUUUGUAUUCAACAAAUGACAAGUGCUUUCAUAUUGUUGGGUUCAUACUGUAUUUAUUGGUGUGACAAUAAAUAGUUUUGUCUGUAAAAGAAAUUGUUCCUAUUUUAGGGUUGUAAUCAUACUAGAAACCUCACGUUGUAAAAAAUGCUAUUUGUACAGUUAAGAGGUUAAAACAGUCUUGGUCUACACAGAGAUGCCUUACACACCAUGUAGUGGACAUUCUAGUGUACUGCAUCACAAAGGGUUUUGCAAGGAGAAUUGCAUGACAUCGUUAUAAUGUUGCUUCAAAUCAACCUGUAAUUUUAUCUGUGGUAAAAUCAUAUUCAUCUUAUUUGCUCUUUCAAUUGUUUCUUGAUGCAUUGAAGGGAUAUUUCAUCCAAUAAUUAAAAUAAGUUCAUUUGCUCACUUUUGUUUUAA